UACCCCCCACCCCCUCCCUCUCUCUCUCUCUCUCUCUCUCUCUCUCUCUCUCUCUCCCUCUCAAGGAUUGCUGAUCUCUCCUUGAGCAGGUUGCAGAGAUGGGGCUCUGCUCUUUAACACAUCAGAUCGACGCUUUAAACAUCCUCAAUGAACUGCAAGCUCACGCGACGGCCAUAAAUAGAGAUGGCGAGGGUCCGUGUUCAGGUGCUGUACCGGGCGACGUGAUGAAGGAGCCCCGCAGGCUGAAGACGAUCGCGGAGAGAGCGCGAGAGAGCUGCAUCACGCGACUGCUCGAGAUUCUCACGCGCCUCAUUUCUAUAGAGGAAGACUUCAUUAAAGACGCGUCUUACGGAAGGAGAUUGCUUAAGCGUAAGGACAGUGUUGACCUGAAGAACAUAUGCUUGAGAAUGGCUGUUGCAGAAGGGGGUUCUCACUCGGACAGAGACUUGAGGGAACUUCGGGACUGUCUUCGACUUAUUGUGGGUAACCUACUCACAUUUGUGCGAGAGGAAAACAAUCUCUCGUCCACUGAAACAACUCUCAAACUGAGGGAGCUUUCAAACUCCUUCCCUGAUAUCUGAAAAUUAGUAGAUUUCACUUUGUGAAUUUCUAAGGAACAUCCUCAGAGGAAAUCUAAAUAAACAGACACUUCUUUUUUUCUAAGGAAAUAUAAAAAGCCAUGAACUAUCUGUAAUCAUCUGUCAUAUUUGAUAAGUGUCAUGCUUCACAUUCUAGUUGAAGGUGUUGAUCUUCACGAGGAGUGUUUUGUCAUGAACGCUGUCUGUAGAAUUGUCAGUACUCAAGCCUAAGAACAACAUUCUCUCGCACAUAUCAGUAUCAUGUGUCUGUGCUCAGCUGACUACAAGUAAAACAAGUCCAGUAGAUGAUGAUGGUGGUGAAUCCACUCUCAGCUCAGCGGGUGGGAUGGCUGUCACACUUCAGGGUGGGCUGGUGUGGCCGCCCUUUGUCACCUGCUAAAAAGAAAGUGUUAAGGAGUGAACUGGGUGGGGAGGGUGUGUGAAGAUAUGCAUCUGUAUGUGUGCAUUGCAGUGUUAUGACAUCACAGUGUAACGAUGUUCCAAAUAAAAUCAUUUUCAGUGUUACAACAAA